CACUUUCGGCUGCAUACAUGAUACAUCAUUUGCAUCAUCCUAACAAUACUCUCCACAGGAUAAUGGAAGCCAAUAAUUGACCAAGCUGAAAGAAGCCCUAUAAGUUCCAGUCAUUUUCCUGUAGAGUGAACUUGUAACAUAAUCACUCCGAAACCUACAAUGCAGACUCAUCAGGUGAUCAUGGUGGUCAUCACGACCAUGGCAGCAAGUCUUUUCAUGAUGCCAAGCUUCAUCAGGGCAGAAUCCGUUGCUUGUCAACCACCUUUAACCAACGAGGCUGACCGAAUCAGCAGCUUGCCGGGGCAGCCAGAGCCAGUUGGGUUUGGACAGUUUUCAGGAUACAUAGCUCUGGACGAUCAGCUUCAGUCUAGACUUUUCUACUACUUCGCUGAAGCUUCCACCAAUCCUGCUUCCAAGCCUCUUGUUCUCUGGCUUGGCGACCAGUGGGAGUGCUCUAACUUUGGGGCAUUCUCUGGGAAUGGCCCUUUCAGUCCUGUCUGUGGAAAUGUUCUGGCUACGAACAAGUACACAUUCAACCAAGAGGCUAACAUAAUCUACCUCGACUCUCCAACUGGCACUGGGUUUUCGUUCUCUGCCAAUACUACUACUACUUCUGCCACCUACAUCUACAAUGACACCGUUAUAGCUACGCAGAAUAUGAUCUUCUUGACCAGAUGGUUCCAAAAAUAUGCAGAGUACAAGAACAGAGACUUCUACAUCGCCGGGCAGGGCUAUGCUACUGGUCGCUCUGUUCCAUUUCUCGCCGAUCGCAUUCUCCGUGGCAGUACAACAAACGGCAUCAACCUGAAAGGAACCAUGAUGGGAAACCCUCUGCUGAACUUCAACACUGAUAUGGGGUCAAUCGGAGGCUUCCUCUGGUCUCACGGGUUGAUAUCAGAUAAAACCCACGAACUAAUGGAAACUUUCUGCAAUGGCGCCAAGUGGCUGAGAGAGAUCUACUCUGGCUCCCCAUUUUCCACGGCUUGUAAAGAAGUGGAUGAUAGGCUCUCAGCAGAGAUUCCAGACGGCCUUGACAUGCAGGAUGUCUCUUCCGAUACUUGUGUUGCAAUAUUUGGACCGUCGUCAAGGGUAACGGGAGGUUCCAAGUUCGAAAGUUCGAAACUUUUCUCGUCGAUUCGCUCACUCACUGCUUCACCGAGUCAUGAAGAAGUUUCAGAAGGGACAGAUGUGUGUGUGAAAGAGAAGAUCAUGAACUAUUUGAAUAGAAAAGAUGUGCAGGAAGCUCUCCAUGUCAGGACUACCAAUUGGACUGCCUGCCCCAGGCCUUUUCAUUAUGAUAAGAGAGGCUUCGAGACUCCGACGAUAGAUAUGGUGGGUUCAUUGGUGACGAAAGGGAUCAGAGUGCUGAUUUACAGUAUUGAUGAAGUGACAUUCGCACCGUUUCUUGGGACAAGGGUGCUGGUCAGUGACUUGGCCGACAAGGUAGGGCUGAACACAACAGUGCCUUAUCGAGGGUGGUUUGACACUGAUAAACAGGUUGGUGGAUGGACAGAAGCUUAUGGUGAGAUGCUGACCUACGCUUCCAUCAGAGGCGGAUCGUCUAAGGUUGCCAAGAGAUCUCUGUCACUGUUGAGAUCAUUUCUAGAGAGGAAGCCAUUACCAGUGUCAAAAGCUUGAGCUGACUUUGUCAGUCUGUGUUCCUGCUGGUACUAAAUAAUUCAGCAGAUGGUGUUUAGUGUUCCAGAGAAAUUGUGGAUUAGUAGGAGUUUAAGGUUCUGUGUAACAAAGGAGCUAGCAGUUAGUCUGUGUUCCUGCUGCAGUAAAUAGUUACUUCAGCAGAUGGUCUUUAGUCUUUCCUGGGCAGUUGUGGUCUAUUAGCAAGGAGUUUGAAGUAUCAUGUAAUGAACUUGCAGUUCUAUCUGCAUAUUGAUCUACUCAUGUGCAAAUAUGCGAGGUAUAUCAUGAUCUAUUUCCAUAGCAAUGGCAGUGCCAAUUAGGACACUGCAACAUCAUCUGAACCAAAGGGAGAUGUAAACGCUGGAAGCUGCAAUAUAUAAGCUUUAUCCCGACAGAUUGGAUUCAUUGUGUAAAAUUUAUUUUACUCUCUGAACAUUCUUGAGCGCAGCAGCCAGUGAUCUGUAAUCAUAUGAUUAAACAGGCACAAACUUGUUUGAUUUGCACCCAUUUCUAGAUGGAAAUCAGCUACACUUCUCAUGGCCAUGGCUUCUGUAUGGAUAAUGAAUUGGAGAGUAAACU